AUGGGGGCUUACCGUGAUGGGAAACCAAAUUGGUGUGACUCGGGAUUUUACCCUGUCUUGGAUCGUCUUAUCUCGGAAAAUGGAACUCUGCAUUCCAAGCUUCUUGGCAUUGUUGCUAGCCAAGAUAUCCAAUUCCACAGCCAGUCUGAUGACCCGGUCACGACUGUCAUGUCGACGAAGCUUGUCACUGCUCCCGCGGGCACCACUCUUGCUGAGGCCAACGAAGUUUUCCGGAGUUCAAAGAAAGGAAAGCUGCCGAUUGUGGACAAGAACGGGUCCUUGGUUUCGCUGCUAUCGCGGAAUGACCUGAUGAAGAAUAUUCAUUAUCCUCUGGCAUCAAAAGUCCAGCCGAAGCAACUUAUUUGUGCUGCAGCUGUGAGUACUCAUGACGCGGACAAGUUCCGUCUCCAGAAGCUAGUCGACGUAGCACUGGAUCUUGUUGUUGUCGACUGUAGCCAAGGACACAGCACGUACCAAAUCUCGAUGAUCAAGUACAUCAAGGAAAACUUUCCACAGCUUGAUGUCAUCGCAGGCAAUAUCGUCACCCGGGAGCAAGCCGCAGCAUUGAUUGCUGCCGGUGCAGACGGGCUGAGAAUCGGCAUGGGGAGUGGAAGUGCAUGUAUUACCCAGGAGGUUAUGGCCGUUGGCCGUCCCCGGGCUGCAGCUGUGCGCAGUGUCUCUUCUUUUGCUGCACGUUUUGGUGUUCCUUGCAUUGCGGACGGCGGAGUCUCGAACCUGGGCCACAUCGUCAAAGGACUCCCGUUGGGCGCGUCAGCGGUGAUGAUGGGAGGCCUGCUCGCUGGUACCACAGAGACCCCUGGAGACUACUUUGUCAGUAACGAAGGACAGUUAGUCAAAACUUACCGUGGUAUGGGAAGUAUUGCAGUUAUGGAGGACAAAAGUAAAGUUGGCGACAACGCUGGCACUGCGCGUUACUUCUCGGAGAACGACAAGGUCAAGGUCGUGCAAGGUGUUGCAGGCUCAGCCAUUGAUCGCGGCUCUAUCAACCAGUUUGUCCCUUAUUUUGUGGCCGGAGUGCAGUAUUCUCUCCAGAAUAUUGGCGUAAGGAGCCUUGACGCCCUGCACGAUGGCGUUAACCAUGGUCAAGUUCGAUUUGAAAUGAGAAGCGCUAGCGCCAUGACUGAGAAUAAUGUUCAUGGCAUAUAUAGCUACGAGAAAAAUAUUUACUCUUCUUGA